CCCAUUCUUCCUGCCACUGAGCCAAGAUAACACCGGCUUCUCUGGUUGAAAGUACGUACUAGAGACUUAAAGAAAACAAACAAGAAGAUUUAAGGCCUAACUCAGGAUAAAAUAGAUAUAUCUUUGGUAGGGAGAACAUGAAGGCAUCUAAACAUGCUGUUAUUGUUCUGGGAUUCGUCUUUGGUUGUUUUGUUUGCUCUUCAGUAGGAUGCAAGGACAGCUAUAACAGAUGCCCUGAGUGGAAGAUAUCUGGGUUCUGCGAAAGAUCAUCAAAAUACUACUCCUAUAUGAAGAAAGUUUGCUCCAAAACAUGCCGAUUCUGCUUGCCCGCUUGUAAAGACGUUUCGCCGGCUUGCAGCGAAUGGAAAAAGAAAGGAUAUUGUGAUCCAAGGUCUAUAUACUUCAACAACAUUAAAGAACAUUGCAAAGCCACGUGUGGUCUUUGUAAAGAUAAACCAGACACCCGCACACGGCCGCCGGCAGCAACAAGAAGACCAUAUCCAGCGACGAGAAGACCAGUAGUAGUCACUGAACCAUUAGUUGUUUGUAAGGACAUCUACCCGACUCAUUGCCGUUCGUACAAAGCUAAGGGAUACUGUGAUCGACAUUCACAGUAUUAUAAAUACACAUUGGAGCUUUGUAAAAGAACCUGUGGAGCUUGCAUAAGUACCCGCAGUGGAACACCGAUACCAGAAACUCGUCCAACCAGAAGACGAUAUCAACCAGUCCUUAGGAAUGAAUUUGUGGGUUGCAGAACAUCUAUUCCUGUAGGAAUCGAAAGCGGGCAUAUCCCUGAUCGAGCUUUCAGUGCUUCGUCGUUUCGUCGUCUUGAAGGAUGGUAUGCACCUUCGUUCAUGGCACGGUUGAAUUCACGUGAUGCACGACGGGGGACAAAUAACUACAUAGGAUCGUGGUGCGCGGGACGGCAGAGUGCUACCGAGUAUCUACAGAUUGAUCUCGGUAAAACAGUAGUCAUCACGCAUGUACAAACCCAGUCGCGUUAUCGCAGUGCGGAGGUGGUUGAAGCCUACACCCUGUCCUACAGCAACGACGGGAAAACCUUUUAUCCAUACUAUGAAGACGACACUAGCUCCAUCAAGGAAUUUACAGGAAACUUGCGAAGAGAUCAGACACAAACCAACCAAAUUGCCUAUCCUUUCCCAGCCAGAUAUGUAAAGUUUCAUCCUGUACGAUGGAAUCUAAUCUGUUUGAGAGUAGAACUCUACACUUGCGCUGAAGGUAUUUCAAGUACCCCUUUAUCAGACUGCAUGGACAAGACUCAUCUGUGUGAAGAAUGGGCCAACAGAUGGGAGUGUUUCAGGAGCCGUGAUUGGAUGAUUCAAGCCUGUCCAAGGAGCUGCCGUGAAUGUGGUUAUAAGACAAUCGUCAAUCGACCACRGCCCAAACUACGCUUUGAUUGUGGUCUUCGUUACAACGGUCAACUCGCCUUGGCGAAUCUCGUCGAAGCCAGCAAUGUUAGACAAGGGGAAUGGCCCUGGCAAGUGUCUUUGUACCUUAACAAUUACGGCCCUUACUGCGGAGGUUCCCUCUUAUCAUCGGAAUGGAUACUGACCGCUGCACACUGCUUUAAAAAUAACAAAAACCCCAGAGACUGGAAGGUCAUUCUCGGAGAACACGACUUCUAUCGCAAGGAAGGCGGGGAGCAAGAAAUCGAUAUUGCUUCGGGAGGAAUAGUCGUUAAUCCUUAUUACCGUGGAAGCUACGAAUAUGACGUAGCUCUCGUCCGACUUGCACGACCAGCGAAACCAACCAAUUACGUGAAUACAAUCUGCCCUGAUGAAGGAGAACCUGUUUUUCCUGCUGGUUCAGAGUGCUAUAUUACUGGCUGGGGGAACAUUAAAAGAGGCGGUCACCCAUCCAUAGUCUUACAAAAGGCAACUGUUCGACUUGUUGCUAAUUCAGCUUGUGAAAGUCAUCGAGAGUUCAGUCGAUAUUUCAAGAAAGACCACAUGUUGUGCGCAGGACCACACAGAGGAGGUCCUCAUGCUUGUGAAAAAGAUAGUGGCGGGCCCUUGGUUUGCAGAGCAUCUGAUGGGCGAUGGAUUCAAGUGGGCAUCGUCAGCUGGGGCCAAGGCUGUGGUAGAGGUGCCCUUUAUGGAGUCUAUCAACGAGUACAAUACUUUGAGCCUUGGAUUAGAAGUGCUAUUGGUAUCGAUGAAGAACUAGAACCUUAAUAAACUUAUAAAAAUAGUUUCUUGACAUGAUUUGAAUAAUAUUUUUACAAUGCACCUUUUUCAUCGAUCGCAUGUAAAAACGACUUCUGGGUCCACUAAAACGAAAAACAGUGCUAUAUUCCUAGUCCAGCUGGAAACGUUCUUGUUGAAAAUCGAUUAUCUUUUUCGAAAACGCGCAGGAAAAUUGGGUUUAGCAGUGAAAAUCAAGUCUCGAAAGAAAUUCUCAACAUCCUUGUUAUGCUACUAAUACAUUUUCUUAUCAGAGGAUUUCUCUGAUCAGGCUCGCAAUUAUCGGAGAAAACCUUUAAAUUCUCAGGCUGUACAUAUGUUGCCAACAUAAAAUAAAACGUUUUAGCUAUU